CAUUUUCAAUAUGAUUCGAAUAUCUGAACUUAAUAAAGAUGGAAUUGAACCCAAACUUUUAUGAAUCGUACUUGCCUCCGAACCUACCAGCCGACCUGCAGAAUGUAAGUUUAAUCGGUAGGUAGCUAGCCGGUUGGUUGGUCCAAUAAUGAAACCGUCCACUUUGCAACCCCACCACCAACCUCACGUCGCGUCCCACUGACAAGCGUCUGGACUUUCGAGAACAGCCCACAAGGCUGCGAUUCUGCUCUGCAGUCCUGCUCUGCGAUUCCGCUCUUCGACGGCUAGAAAUGAAUAUCUAAUAGCUACUACUCAGAAGUUCGUGUCUUCUGUCCUACACCUAUGCGCCAAUUAUGGUCGCCCUCUCUGCCACGGCGCCGCUCGCUGCCGCGCUGGGACAAUGGACCAAGUUUCUCUCGCGCGCCCUUGUGGCUCGACUAGAACCCGACUCUUUCGAAUCAUACGUGCCGCUACUGCAGUCCAAACAUCACCUACCACCGACCGUCGUAGCUGACCUGCUUCUCCGACCUACACCUGACAACCCCGAUUUCCCCGACCCUCGCAUUCUGCAGUACCUUCAAGUGCUCCUCAAGCUGAAAUUGAUCGACACCACAUCUGUCUUGAAGGCACUCUACAGCUACUCUACGUCGCGCACCCAAACACAGAGCCAGGGGGAGGCGAAUGGAGACUCCUCAAAGCAGAAACUGCGAUGGGGAAACUCGUACAGCUCCGAGGAGGUCAUCUUCUAUCGGCUGACCAAGGCCGUCGCCCAGGGCACUGGCAUUAAGGCAGCCAGGGACGCCCUCGAGGUUGCCAAGGUCAUGGCCAAGUGGAUGGCCUUGUUCACUGCCGUGUCAGCCUCAUUUGCGGCCGACGCUAUGGGUGCCAUGUACCCAUCCCAGAUCAAGGGGGAAAUGGAGUCUGCCCGGGCUGCCUUUGUCAUGCUCCUGCUCGGUGUAUGCGAGAACCAGACUCUCUUGGCAACACUGAGCAAGCCGGCCGCAAAAGACGCUCGCAAACGGCUCUCGGAAAGCCUGGCCAACUUUGUGCCAUCCAUCGUGCAUAACUCAUCCGAAAUUGCAGCUCGUUUGGAGCUCUUCCGAUCACAGACUCUGGCCAGUUUCGACCCCCCUGACAAGAAGAAGGAAUCGGAAGACGCCGAGAUGUUCGACGUCUACGACCAAACUGUUGGCCUGGAUAACUUCCAGGUCCAGGAGUUGCCAAUACAGAACUCACGUGCUGGGCUAUACAUCUACCUAAACGCUUCUCUUGUCGGGCGACCACUACUAGAUGAUGCUUCGGUAUUUACCUACCUACACAACCGAUAUCAAGGCGAUCUACAAUCAACUGCCAUAGCUCUAAUUCUAGCCUCCUUCGACGUACUCGCCAAUGCCGUGUUCCGCAAUAACGAAGGUGCAAAAUCCGGUUUAUUGCUACGAUCCUAUCUUAUAAACAAGGUUCCCUUGUUGCUUGCAUCACUCGCAAGCUCACCAUACGCUUUAAACCCAUCGUACCCACAAUUCAACCCGGAAUAUUGCAUUACGCAAGCCCUCAACCAGGUCGACACCAGCGUCUUUCCGACCCUGUCAAACAUGUUCGAUAUCUCGAACAACCAUAACACGUUUACCGAAACCGUCCGGCAGGACUUUUGCUUUGCAUGCCUUCUCCACGGCUUGAUAAGCAAGGAAGCCAGGGAUGAGCUUCUUGGGGAUAUUACCUUCCAGGAGCUGCCUAUUGGCGGCCGCUAUGUGAAAGACAACUUGGUUCAGCAGUGCCUGGCCGACCCCGAAAGGUUACAGAAACUCAUCGUGGAGCUCGAGGGCAUGGAGGGCAAUGCCGGCGCGGCUGGUCAAGCCAUAGCAGAGGUGUUGGGUCAACUCUGUCGGAACAAGGAGACCAUGGCCCUGAAGCAGCUAUGCAGUCAGUUGGCCCGGAAGCCCAUAUUCCUGGACGUGCUGCUACUCUUCAACAAGACAGAGACCAUACUCCAGCCUCUGUGCGAACUCCUAGAUAACUGGAGGUAUGAUGACGACCAGGGAGAGUACCAGCCUGUUUACGAGGAGUUUGGGUCGAUAUUGCUACUCGUCCUGGCAUUCGCCUACCGAUAUGACCUCUCACCAGCAGACCUCAAAAUUAGCUCGCCUGACUCUUUCGUGGCGAAGCUGUUGACUAAAGGCCAGCUUGCCAGGUCGUUGGAGGAACUCAGCGACCAGGAAAAGGCUCACAUCGGCGGCUGGGUGCUUGGGCUCUUCGCCUCCGAUGCAGGCGGGCUGGGAGAUGAGCUGAUGUCUUCCUGCCCGCCGCAGGACUUCUACUUGCUCAUCCCCACUCUAUUCCAGCAGAUCGUACUGGCAUUCAGUGUCGGCCGGCUUACAGAAGACAUGCUGAAAUGCGGCCUCGAGUAUCUCGUCGACACGUUCUUAUUACCGUCGUUGGUCCCGGCAAUCCUCUACCUGUGCAAUCAUCUGUGGGCGGAUAGCCCGCAGGACCAGAAAGCCAUUAUCAGGAUCUUCCAGCUGGUCCUACUUCCAAACUCGAUUUCGAAUGAAGCAUCGACCAUGUUGUCGUCGGUGCUCAACAUCGUCGCACAACCGCUGGAGCAUGCGCUGCGUUCCUACCAACGACAAGACCCAAAAAGUCAGGACGUCGAGCCUCUCCUGCGAGCGCUCAAAGAAAACAUCCCUCUAUCGCGACGGACCGGUAGUGCCGAUCAUAAUGAAUUCGAAUCGUGGACCAGCACUAACGGCGGUGGUCUGACGGCCUCGAUCCGCCAUACCAUCCAGGGACUGGUGCAAUGGAGCCAAAGCUCGGUUCUUAAUGGGAUGCCGACUCCAUAUACACACCGUCAGCUGAUCCUGGCCAUCAGGUUGCUAGGAGCCAAGCGUCUACUCGCCACCAUAACCGAAGAGCUCAGGCAGCAGGCCGAAGCCGGAAACGACGGCGCCGCCUAUGACGUUGCCAUCGCACUCAUUUGCGCCCCGGACGUGACCAACGACCCGGACCCGCUCCAGGUGCCGGCCAUGCCGUCCCUGGACGAGUCGGGCAACGUGCCGGCGCUCCAGCAGCGGCGCACGACGCUCCGCCAGGCGGUCAAGAGCGAGGCCGAGGAGUGGAAGAAGAUCGAGAAGUCGGACCCGGUGCUGGCGGAGAUGGCGGUGCGGCUCUACCGGCGGGCGGAGGCGCAGAUGGCGACGCCGCAGGAGGCGUCGAUGCUGCAGCCGGACCUGGCGCUCGGCGACGCCAUAGCGGCUGCGGCGGCUGCGGCGGCGGCCGAGGCGGACGGCGGGGUCGACGGCGGGCUGGGCGGCCUGGACGCGACGGGCGUCGGCGGCCUCGACCUCGGCGGCGCGGGCGGCGACUUGAACCUGGGGGGCUCGGUGGCGGACUCGGCGGGCGGGCUGGGCGGGCUCGACGACCAGGAUAUCUUUGGGGACUUGACCGGUGGCAGCGACUUCUUGGAUGGGUGGUCGGAUAUGAAUCUGGUCUAGGGGAAACCCCUGAGGAGCUUGCAAGCAAUUGGGGGGAUUACGUGGUGGACGGUUGAACGGGCGUGACGAGGGAUCUUCUAACUAGUAUGUUUAUAGGUAAUACUCCUGUUUAUCGGUUUGGGUUACGGGGACUGCUUCUGUGGGCGAAAAGGAGCGAUAAAUAUUUUGGGGGGGGGUUAUCUACCUACCACCUAGCUGCCUAGGCGUCUACAACCUACUUAAAGCGGCUGUUUCUUGAACUCGUGAAUU